ACACAAGUCCAUUACCAAGUAUCAGCUUAGUCAUACUACAUUAAAAUACUUCAGAACAAAGACAUCUGUGACAUUUCAUUUUUGAAGGUAAAGGUGAUAUGAUGAACAGCUGGACACUAACAAUUGUUUCAAAUGAAAAAUGGAGGAUGAACCAUCACAUUCAGAUAAACAUGGCGACUCUAUCGAGAAAGAACAGUAUCGAUUCUAUGAAACUAUCAAUGGAGUUACAGAAGCUGAACGCGAGCCUGGAGGAUCGAAUAUCCGUUAUUGAACACAAAAAGAGCGGGAUAAAUAUGACCAUACUAUCACACUCCACGCCCAUCUAUCUACAGAGAAGGGGCAACAAAGACUAUCUGAACUCUUUCGAUGCAGUGCAAUACAACGACGAGCCUCGUUCUCGCGCAGCAAGUUUCGGAAAAGCAGAAUCUGUUCAGUCAUUGAGGCGAAAAAUCAAAGAUAUUUCACAUCACAGAGAAAAGUCAGAAGACGAGCUCGCCCACUGCGUUGGUUCACAUAUCACAUCAACAAGAGGAAUUCAUAAUUGCGAGACAUGUUCUGCCUUGAGUAGAAUUAAUCCUAGGGGGCGUCGUAUGUCACUUCCUGCAACUCUUGUGCACGUGAAACCUAUCAUUAAGUUAAAAAGUGAGACGUCUAAUUCAAGUUCAGCGUCUAGUUUAAAUUCGUCUCGUGGAAACUUGACGGGUUCUAACAAGGUACCUGAAACGUUUGAUACGGAAGAAAUCGACAUGCAUCUGCGCAGAGUUAAACGCGAGCUAGGAAAGCGGAAACCAAAGUCCAUAUCGGAGUUACGUGCCGACAUGACCACCACCUAUCAGCAUCGGAGGGAACUGGAACAGGUCGAAAACGAGAUCGUUACGGAUAUGAUGCACUCGCUCGAUGACAAGUAUUACAAGGAACUAGAGGGCUGUCGGUAUCUCCGACACCACGGCAGUCUGACCGACAAACAACUUUCAGUGGAAGAGAUAUUUGACCAAUCCCAAGACCACAUUCAUACUAAUGUAAAAUCAGGGGAGACGUUUGUUAGCCAAAAAGUCACUUGAAAAACUCUUGACUAGAUUAAUAACACGUCUCACAAGAUAUAUGCAAGAUCAUGAAGAAAUAUGUGAUACUGAUAUUUCCUCAGCCCUCGAUUUAACUCCAUCGAACAAAAGCAGAUGUGCAGCUAAAUGUUUUGGUUCAUUAUUCAGAUGACAUAGCUGUCUCUGAGGAGCACACCAUGCGUUACUUUAAAAUAUUUUUACCAAUUUAGUCACCCAGGCUUCAUUAACGCAAUGGUAUUCACUGCAGACACUUUAUUAGCUUCCUUAUUGAACAACCAGAGAUAUUUUAUCUACAUCGAACAAAGUCAGAUAUUCCAUCAACCAUGAACCCACAUAAUCGAAAAUGUAGAAAUAGCCCACCAGUGUUCAAUAUACCAACCAGUAAAACUUUUCACCAGCCCUCUGUAUUGAUAAACUCGCUGUUUUUACACGAAAAGAGACUAUACGUGGUUUUGUCAUUGAAAACGAUAUUUUGUAUGACGGUCGAUGCAUGUUCACAGGACACAUUUAUAACCAUAUACCGUUCCUUAGGAUAAGCACAUAUAUCAAUUUAAAUACGAAACUGUAGUCACCUGUUUUGGCUGUUGUGAUGAUACGUGCGUUUUUCCAGUUUUAUUUCAGUGAUAUAUUUUGUAUAAUGAACCUGAAAACAUCAUGACCAUCGUCGUUAUCAUCCGUUGUCAUCUUCGUCAGCAUUGUUAUCGUCGAUAAGAAGAUUGGCUUAUCAAUAUAUAUGCUCUUUUUGAUUAAAGCUCAAUAAAUUAU